AUGAUGGGACCCGCGACACAUCAAGGGUCUUUAAAACAACGUCUUUCGCAUACUUCACUUACAAAUUUGUUCAAACUUAAUAGAAAAGAACCUGAAUACGAAAAAAAAAUUACUGAGGACGAAGAAGUUGUGAUGUUUACUGUUCCUAAGGAUACGAGACCAGGUACUGUUAAUACAGAUGUUAAUCGUCUUAAACGGUCCAGUUCCGUUAGAGGGGUAGAAGAAGAGGAGAGUGAUGAAGAUAAUAAGCGUCAAAGCAAGAAAAGGCAUACUGAUCGGGAGGACUUGGAGAGGCAAUUGGAUGAAGCAAUCCCAGAGGAAUAUCGUAAGUUCCGUCCUCGAGGAUUUCCCUUCAACCUUCCUCCUACUGAUAGACCAGUUCGGAUUUAUGCGGAUGGAGUUUUCGAUCUAUUCCAUUUGGGUCAUAUGAAGCAAUUGGAGCAGUGUAAAAAGUCAUUCCCUAAUGUGACUUUAGUUUGUGGUGUUCCUAGUGAUAAGGUGACACAUAAGUUAAAGGGUUUAACUGUACUUACCGACGCACAAAGGUGUGAAUCCCUAAUGCACUGUCGGUGGGUGGACGAGGUUAUUAAAGACGCGCCGUGGUGCGUUACGCCUGAAUUUCUAGAGGAACACAAGAUUGACUACGUCGCGCACGAUGACCUUCCAUAUAGCAGCGCUGAUAGCGAUGACAUUUACAAGCCAAUUAAGGAAACAGGGAAAUUCUUGGCGACUCAGAGGACCACUGGCAUUUCAACUAGUGAUAUAAUUACUAAAAUCAUCAGGGACUAUGAUAAGUAUUUGAUGCGGAAUUUCGCACGGGGAGCGACCCGCCACGAGUUGAACGUGUCAUGGUUGAAGAAGAAUGAGUUGGAGUUCAGGAAGCAUGUACAAGACUUUAGGUCAUAUUUUAAGAAAAACCAGGAAAAAUUGAAUGAUGCGUCAAAAGAUUUGUACUUUGAAGUGCGUGAAAUGCUAUUGAAGAAGACUUUAGGACGGAGUCUAUACUCUAAGCUAGUAGGAAGUCCUCCCAAAAGGCAGAGAACUUUAAGGGGUGGCUCACCUGCUACGGAGUUUGCUCAUAUAUAUACUGGAGAAGCGCCAGGUAAUGGUCUUGUAACAACCUCUAGCGAGAGCGAUGAGGAACACCUAAAUAGGGCUGGUUCCAUGCUUUCUCAUUUAGACAGGUGGUUGCACGAUACACCACAUAGUACACCACAAGAUACGCCACAAGAUACGCCUUAUGAUACCGCUGAUGAAAGUGAUUAA